AUGGCCGACCAGAACAAGAAGAAUGAUGACUUCGUGAUGGCCAACAUGUCGGCUGAAGGUGCCAACGAGAACAACAUUGGCGAGGGUGAGAAGGAGAACGACUCCCUUGUUGGACGUGGCCCUGGCACCAGUGCCCUCCCCGCGCAGCCUGGAGGCUUCAUGGCCAAGGUUGAGAACAGCGGUCCUUUCUCUAUCCUCGCCUACUGUCUCUCCUCUAUUUCCAUGACCGUCGUCAAUAAGUAUGUUGUUUCUGGCACUUCAUGGAACUUGACUUUCUUCUAUCUUGCGGUCCAGUCAAUUGUCUGUAUCGGCGCCAUCACAGCAUGCAAGCAGUUCGGUUUGAUCAAGUCCCUCGCUCCUCUGGAGAUGGAUCGCAUUAAGAAGUGGUACCCCAUUUCGCUCGUCCUUGUUGGUAUGAUUUACACAAGUACCAAGGCUCUGCAGUAUCUCUCUGUGCCUGUCUACACCAUCUUCAAGAACUUGACCAUCAUUGCCAUUGCUUAUGGCGAGGUCCUCUGGUUCGGUGGCUCAGUCACCCCUACUGCCCUUAGCUCUUUCGGUCUCAUGGUCCUCAGCUCCGUCGUUGCUGCUUGGGCCGAUAUUCGUGCUGCUAUCUCCGGUGACUACAGCGCCACCACUGGUGAUGAGGAUGCGCUUGCGACCUUGAAUGCCGGUUACUUCUGGAUGGCCAUGAACGUCUUUUGCUCUGCCUCUUACGUUCUGGGCAUGCGCAAGGUCAUUCACAAGAUGAACUUCAAGGACUGGGACACCAUGUACUACAACAACCUUCUCACCAUCCCUGUCCUUGUCUUCUGCUCGCUCGUCACUGAGGACUGGUCCAGCGCCAACUUGGCCAAGAACUUCCCCGAGGAGUCUCGCAACCGCAUGAUGAUCGGUAUUAUCUACUCUGGUCUUGCCGCUAUCUUCAUCUCGUACUGUUCCGCUUGGUGCAUCCGAGUCACCUCCUCCACCACCUACUCUAUGGUCGGUGCUCUCAACAAGCUGCCCAUCGCCGUCUCUGGUCUCAUCUUCUUCGCCGCCCCUGUUACCGUCGGAUCUGUCUCUGCCAUCUUCAUCGGUUUUGUUUCCGGUAUUGUGUACGCUUGGGCUAAGGUCAAGGAGAAUGAGGCCAAGAAGAAUGCUCUUCCCACGGCUGAGAACUCAAAGUAA